AUGCAGACGGACCACCUGGCCAAAGAUCUGCACCGCAAGGACGCCCCGGACGACCUCCAGGAGGCCUGGAACGACCCGAGCCACAAGAAGAAGAACAAGCGGAUGAAGCGCCAGCAGAUGCACCGAGAGGUGACUUGCGCCGUCCAGCUCGUCGAGCGCCUGGGGCUGUGGGUCAACGGACGCGACGAGGCGGGCUUCAUGGCACAGGUCUGGCAGGAGGCGAGCGAGCUGGUCCGGCUACCGCUCGGCGGCCGGCUACUGCGAACGAUCGGUGGUGUGUAUGAGAAUUACGCAGACCAGUUCUUCAUGAAUUUGCGAGGCGUGGCCGGUGUGAGCACAGCCUGGGCGCUCUCCCAGCGGGGGCAGUCCGUGCUGCUGCUGGAGCAAAACUCCCUCACCUCGGGCUCUACCUGGCAUGCGGCCGGCCUCUGCACGCACUUCAAGGGCUCCCCCGCCAUCGCGCAGUUGAGCUAUUUCGGGCGGGAGACGUUCUUGCAGCUGGAGCGCGAGGGAGAGCAGAUCGGGUGGCACCAGACCGGCUCGCUGGGGAUCGCGCGUUCGCCCGCCUUCGCCCGCAUCCUGCUCAACAGCGUGGUAGUCGGCCGCGAGCUGGGCCACGAGCACCGGGUCCUCUGUGGCCCAGAGGGCCUGGCCGAGGUGCAGCGAGACAUCCAUCCAUUCGUCGCGAAUCCGCGCGACGACUUUGUGCUCGCAGUGCAUUCCCCCAACGACGGCAUAGUGAACCCCGCGGAUGCCACGCUGGCGCUCGCGCGGCGCGCGAGGCGCCAGGGCGUCGAGAUCUGGGAGAACGCGGAGUGCGUGGACAUGCGGCUGAGUGGCCGACAGGUGCGCUCGGUGGUGGUGAACUCGAGGGAGCACGGCCGCGGCGUGGCGGUCGAGUGCGGGGCCGUGGUGCUGGCAGCCUCGGCUUGGAUGCGGGGCCUGGGCAAGCGGCUCACGAGAGCUCUGGUGGAGGCCGGCGAGAUCGUCGAUGCGCGGCGCGAGAACGCGGAGAUCCCUUUGGGCUAUGCGCCGCACCAGUACACGAUCUUCGAGCCGAUCCCUGGCGUGUCCAACCGGCUGCCCGUGAUCCGGGAGUACGACCACAAGUAUUACUGCAAGCCGGAGGUGGGCAGUUUCAUGCUGGGCGUAUUCGAGGGGCAGCCCAUCCCCACCACACCCGACUUCAUCCUGCAGCGGAGCCUCUCGGGGAUCGUGCCCAGCGACGCGGCCAACGAGGUGUUCGAGGAGGACGUGGACAAGGCCGGAGCGUGGUUCGAGGGCGCCCUGGAGAAUUUGCCCGUGCUGCAAGCCACGGGCAUCCACCGCUGGCUCCACGGGCCCGACACGCACUCGCCGGACCACGGCUUCCUGCUGGGGCCGCUGCUGGCGCUGGACAACGCCUUCGUGGCGUCGGGGUUCAACUCGCAGGGCGUGCAGACGGGUCCAGGCGUCGGCACGGCACUCGCGCAGUGGAUCCUGGAUGGUUACCCCAGCGAGCGCGACUUCGCGCACCACUUCGAGGGCCAGAGCGCGGGGCGCGUGAGCGCGUGGAGCGCCUCGAGCGACGCGUGGGUUACAUAUCGGGCGCUCGAGUGCUACGGCGCCACCUACGCGCCGACGUUCCCGCGGGAGCAGGACGAGACGUGCCGGGGGGAGGCGCGGAGGAGCGCGUUGCACGAGCGCACGAGGCAGAGCAACGGGAUCUUCGGGGAGGGCUACGGCUGGGAGCGGCCCAUGUAUUUUGUCAGCGACGAGGAGAUGGCGGAGAUCAGGCGCGGGGUGUGCGUGGCUGGCGGCAGCAGUAACACGCCCCUGGGGCCGCAGAAUAGGUGGGAGGAGCUGUCCCCGCCCGAGAGUCGCGGCACCGCUGUGACGAUCCCGCGUGAGCACUACUCGUACGACGCCGAGGAUUCGGGCUUCUUCCGCUGGGAGCGCGCCGAGGCCCUGCACUGCCGCAGCGAGGUGGCCGCCUUCGACAUGUCGCCCUUCGGCAAGGUGCUGGUGGAGGGCCCGGGCGCAGAGGAGCUGGUGGACGCGGCGAUUGGAGGGAACGUCGCGAGCGUGUACCUGAACGAAAAGACGGGACUGAUGAACGGUGAUCUGACGGUCGCCCGGCUGCCGGACGAUUCCUUGUACUGCGUGGUCCCUGCCGCCGACGAGCAGCGCUUCCUGGCCCAACUCCGGAGGGCGAAGGCGGCGCUGCCCCUGAGCGCGGCCCGCUUCUCCCUCGUCACCGAGCGGUUCGCCACCCUCGCGGUCAUGGGCCCUAAAUCUCGCCUCCUCCUGAGUGCUGCGUACCCGCGGACCGACUUCUCGAACGAGGCCUUUCCCUUCGGCACGCUCCAGUGCCUGGCCGAGGGCGUGAGGGCGCUGCGAGUCUCCUUCUCGGGCGAGCUCGGCUGGGAGCUGCACGUGGACUCGGAGUGCGCCGAUGCUGUGGCCGUGUACGACCACGUCUUUGCCACAGCAAGGGCUGCGCGCGCGCCAGCGCUGCCGCUGCGCGACGGCGGCAUGUUCGCGCUCCUGGAGUCCCUGCGCAUAGAGCGCGGCUUCGUGCACAACGGUCACGACACGCACCCCUUCGCAACGCCGCACGAAUGCGGGCUGGGGUUCGCCGUAGACCUGGAGAAGCCGUUUUUCCUCGGCCAGGCGGCGCUGGCGGCGCGCUCCCCAAAGAGGCUCAGGAAGCGGCUGGUGAGCGUGGAGUUCCCGAAGAGCGGCCCCGAGGUGCUGUACCGACACGGGAAGGCGGUGGGCCACCUGACCUCGGGCGGCUUCUCCCACGUGCUGGGUCGGCCGAUCGGGUUGGGCUUCGUGAGCCUGGAGGAGAAGCCCGAGCAGCUGUCGGUGAAGAAGUUCGUGGAGGAGGCGAGACGGUACUCGGUGGAGAUGACCAGCUCCCGCGGCGGCAUCGUCAGGGUGCCCGUGCGGGUCGUCCUGGGCCCGCUGGUGGAUCCGAGGGGCAGGCGCGCACAGGGCGACUACGGGGAGCUCGGGCGGUUCUGCGCUCGGCUCGGCCGGCGGACAGCGCUGCAGGGCGCCGCGGCCUUCGCGCGCUGGCCGGGCGAGGAGGGAGAGCGGCUGCGCGCUGCCCUGAGGCGCAGGGCGGCGGGUGUAGCCACCGACAGGCGGGACACUUGCGAGCCAGUUUUGCUCGAGGCUACGGGGGUGGCGAAGGAACAACACGAGGUCAACGUCGUCAGCUACGAGAGUGGCACAAAGAAGCACGAACCCAACACCACAAGAUACGAGGGUGGUGCAGUGAAGCUCGAGCCGGACGACAUCGGCUACGGUGCCAGAAGGGACGGCAGUGGCGGCCAAGACACCAGGGCGGCAGCGGCACCUCAGCGCAGCGGCGCGCAGCAGGCCAGCCGCGGUGUGGGCAGGGAGUGCGAGAAGGGACAGCAGUGGCAUCCGUCGGGGAAAGACGUGGACGAGCCGAUGUCAUCAGCUACAAACCAGGUCUUCGUGGGAAACUUGUUUUGCGACGUUGACUGGCACGGCCUAAAGGAUUAUAUGAAUCAGGCGGGCAGCGGGGAAUUCGGCAGAGUGCUCACAGAGGGCGGUAUCGUUUACGGCAGGUCGGUCGGAUACGGUCAUGUACGCUUCUCCACAGAAAAGGAGACUAAUAAGGCAAUCGUCACCCCGGACGAGACGGAGCUCAAGAACCAGAGGAUUCCGGACUUGCUGCAGCUGAUCAGCGCGCGCGAGAAUUCCAGGCAGCGGAGCGGGAGGCAGAGGGCGGAACGCGGCGGCCUGGUCAGGGUCCAGGCGGCUUCGAGCAUGGCGCGCAGCGCCUACGCGGUGAAGCGGAUGCACGAUCAGGUGAGCGCAGAGCCUCCGGCGCAGGCGAAGCCCGACCUGGCCUCGCAGACGGAGCUCUUGAACGACUCCCUGCCCGUGUUCCUCCAGACGAUCUGGGACGUGUCUGUCAUGGACAUCGAGUCUACUCUCUGGGCCGUGUGCGACAAGGUUUUGAAAGACAUCAGCGUGCCCUGGCAGAUCCGCUGCAGGAGCGGGCGCAUGCGCUUCGCAGGCUGGGGCGCGCCUUCCGCGACGCGGGGCAGGCGGAGUACGCCGACCUGA